GUCCUGAAAUGGCUCAUAAUUGGGUGAUGCAUAAUUCUCAAAUGUUUUUGGUAUAUUCAGAAGAUUCAGAAAGCUCAUCAACACUUUGUUCAGAAUUGUCAUCAGAAGAAUUUAUAUUGGGUUUUGGUCAAUUUUUGUACCUAUUUACACAUCUUUGA